GACCCGUGCGUGAACCCGCAGCGCGGCAGCGGCGCCAUUUCUUCGCCUUCCCCGCUCGGCCGCUUCCUCUCUCCCUCCCUCCCUCCGCCUCUCGGGCCACGCCCACGCCAUGCACCGCGCCACCACCACUAAUCUCGCGCGACCAUUUUCCCCAAACUCCGGCUGUUUCUUCCCGGUCUCAUACCCAAAUCGCAACAUUUUCGCCCGAACGAAUCGCGAAAUUUCCCCCCAAUUUUGCCGUCGUCUUGUCUCAGCCCAAAAAAUUUCGCCACCGCGUUUGAUCCUUCCGCAUUGCUCCAGUGGCCUACCGAUUCCUCACAUUUUCCUCAAUUUUUUGCAUGGAGUAAGCGUUUGAGAUGGGGGAGGAGGACGCUGACGAGAUGUCCGAUGCCUCGCCGCCCGCGCCGUGGGAGCACGGCGUCGACGAGCGGUUCGCGGCGGAGUCGCUCGGCCCGUUCGGCGAAGAGGCGUACUCCCUCAACGACGAGGAGGUAUCGGACACGGAGAUGAGCGCGGGUUCCCCGGCGGCCCCCUCGGAGCCCUCCCCGCCGCUGCGGAGGCGCCUGGCGCCGGUAGUGGCGUCGGACGUGCCGGAGGAGGUGGUGCGCGCCGUGGACGCGGUGAUCAUGGGCGGCGGGGUCGAGCGCCUCCGUGAGAUGGUCUCGGAGGACAACGGCGAGGUCUCGCAUUUCAUCGUGGACGUGCUGAUGGUCACGAUGGGCGGCGUGGACGGCCUCGACGAGGGCGCGGGCGUUGGCAUCGGCGCGCCCACCGGGUUGCCGCCCAGCAUCAUGUCCAGCUCGCGCGCGGCCACGAUAGCGGCCGAGCUCGUGCCCUACCUUCCCUGCGGCGUCGAGCCGUCGCCGCGCACCCGCAUGGCCCGUGGCCUCCUAGCCACCCUCAGCGCCUGCACCCGCAACCGCACCAUGUGCUCCGCUUCGGGCCUCCUCGCGGUCCUCCUCGACGUCGCAGAGAGGCUGUUCGUCGGAAUGGGCCAGGGCAGCAACUGGGACGGGACGCCGCUUGUGCAGUGUAUCCAGGUGCUGGGUGGGCACUCGGUCAGUGUAAGGGACUUGCAUUCCUGGCUUCUUUUGAUCAAGAAAGUGCUUGGCACGCGGUGGGCCACGCCGCUGACUCUCGCAUUGGAGAAUGCCGUGGCUAGCGAGGAGGCUAAAGGCCCGGCAGUGACGUUUGAGUUCAACGGUGAGACCUCCGGCUUGCUCGGCCCUGGGGAUAACCGGUGGCCAUUCUCCAAAGGUUUUGGGUUUGCCACAUGGAUGUACGUUGAAUGCUUCUCAGGCUCGCUCGAUGCAGCUACGGCAACAGCGACCGUUGAAGCGGCUCAAGCUUCAACAUCUGGGAAGUCAUCACCUUCAGUGGAGGCAGCUGCUGGCUGCACGUUUGUGGGAGAAGGAACAAAGCACAUGCCCCAACUUUUCAGUUUCCUCACCACGGAUAACCAUGGCAUUGAGGCCUAUUUCAACGGCCAGUUUCUAGUAGUGGAGAGUGGAGCUGGGAAGGGGAAGGAGGCUUCUGUCAAUUUCACUUAUGAAUUCAAACCACGGUGCUGGUACUUUGUUGGGCUGGAGCAUUCAAGCAAGCAGGCUUUGCUUGGGAAGGCCGAGAGUGAAUUGCGGUUGUAUGUGGAUGGGGAGCUUCAGCAAAGCUGUUCAUUUGAGCCUCCGCGCAUUGUGAAACCACUGGCUUUUUGCUGCAUCGGGACCAACCCGUCACCAACUAUCACGGGCCUUCAAAGGCAGCAGUGUCCAUUGUUUGCAGAGAUGGGACCUAUCUAUAUCUUUACAGAGCCUAUUGGACCAGAGAGAAUGAGUCGACUAGCUUCCAGGGGAGGAGAUGCACUUCCCAGCUUCGGCAAUGGUGCUGGUUUUCCUUGGAAAGCUACAAGUAAUCACAUAAGGGAAACUGCAGAAGAUAGUUAUACACUUAACAUUGAAAUUGGUGGAAGCUUACAUCUUCUUUAUCAUCCCAGCCUGAUCAGUGGCCGGUUUUGUUCUGAUGCUUCACCAUCUGGGUCGACAGGUACUCACCGAAGGCCUGCAGAAGUUCUUGGCAUGGUUCAUGUUUCUUAUCGUGUGCGGCCAGCUGAAUCUUUAUGGGCUUUGGCUUAUGGAGGUCCAAUGGCAUUACUACCACUGAUUGUGAGCAAUGUCGAGAUGGAUAACCUGGAACCUAUACUCGGCGAUUUGUCACUGUCUCUUGCUACCGCAUCUCUUUCUGUCCCUAUUUUCAGGAUAAUUUCCUUGGCCGUUCAACAUCCUGGAAAUAAAGAAGAGUUAUGCCGUACUCAUGGACCAGAGCUUCUAUCACAAGUUUUACAUUAUCUGUUGGACACACUGUCCAAACUGGAAAGUGGGAAGAAAGAGAUACUGAGUGACGAGGAGCUUGUUACUGCAAUCGUAUCUUUGUGUCAGUCUCAAAGAAACGAUCAUGGUCAAAAGGUGCAGCUCUUCAGCACUUUGCUGUUGGACCUGAAGAUGUGGAGUUCUUGCAACUAUAUUUUGCAGAAAAAGCUUCUCUCUUCACUUGCAGACAUGGUUUUUGCAGAAUCUACUUGUAUGCGUGAUGCAAACGCACUGCAAAUGCUUCUUGAUGGAUGCAGAAGGUGUUAUUGGGUAAUUCAUGAAGCAGAUUCAAUAGAUACCUUCACACUUGCUGGACAUAAGAGACCUUUAGGAAAUGUGAAUGCUCUGGUUGAUGAGCUUUUGGUUGUUAUUGAACUGUUAAUAGGGGCAGCACCUUCUACACUGGCUUCUGAUGAUGUUCGUUGUUUGGUUGGAUUUGUCGUUGACUGCCCACAACCUAACCAGGUUGCUAGGGUGUUGCUUCUCAUCUACAGAUUGAUUGUCCAUCCAAACACUUCCAGAGCUAACAUGUUUGCUCAGUCCUUCAUUUCUCGUGGAGUAGUAGAAGCAUUACUUGUUCUUUUGCAGAGGGAGGCUAAAUCUGGUGAUAACAUUAUUCUCCACAGCUGUAAUGUGGCGCAAAAUGCAAAUUCGUGGAAUGGAUCUUCUAAGCUUACUAAUAAGGAUUUGGAAUUAUCAGCUAGUGGUGAAGCAAACAGCAAGGAUCAUCAAAUUCAAUCAGUGCAGCAUCAUGAACCAAUCUCCCAUGAAAUUGUUACUGGACUUGGGUCUACUAGCAAAUGGUGCCUAUUAAAGGGUCAGUUCCUAAAGAAUUUGGGUGGCAUCAAUGUCCCAAAUAUCUCCGACAAUGUCGAAAAUAGCGUAUACAAUAUUGAUAAUGGUGAUGGAGUGCUUGUUGGGAUAGUCCAUGUUUUGGGUGCUUUAGUUGCAUCAGGCCACCUGACUUCUACCUCAUCUACUGUUAGACCGAAGUUACCAAGUGUUUUUCUGACUACCUCUAAUGGAGAAGGAAAUACCAUGUUUGAAGACAGGGUAUCUUUACUGCUCUUUGCGUUGCAGAAAGCUUUCCAAGCAGCCCCAAGGAGGCUUAUGACCAGAAAUGUCUACAGGGCGUUAAUUUCUUCAGUGAUUGAUGUUUCUUCAUCAAAAGAUAACCUAAAAAACUUACAUGAUUCUGGUUGCCGUUUUAAACACACUCCACUUUUGAUAGUCCUACUCCGUUCUCUUCCAUAUGCAUCAAGGGCAUUCCAAGCUCGUGCUAUUCAGGAUCUUCUAUAUCUGGUUUGUAGUCAUCCCAAGAAUAGAAGUACGAUGACUUCCAUCAGCGAAUGGCCUGAAUGGAUAUUGGAAAUUUUGGUUUCUAAUCAUGAGAUUGGAGACAACAAAAAUUCAGAUGGUGUAAGCAUAUGUGAGGUUGAAGAUCUCAUACACAAUUUUCUAGUUGUUAUGUUUGAGCAUUCAAUGCGACAAAAAGAUGGGUGGAAGGAUGUAGAGGCGGCAAUACAUUGUGCAGAAUGGCUUUCAAUGGUUGGAGGAUCUAGCACCGGCGACCAAAGAAUUAGGCGUGAAGAAUCAUUACCAAUUUUCAAAAGGAGAUUACUGGGUAGCCUGCUUGAUUUUUCUGCCCAGGAGCUUCAAGUUCAGCAAACUGAAGGAAUUGCUGCUGCAGCAGAUGGUGUUGCAGCGGAGGGUGUAGUGCCUAAAGAAACAAAAGUACAAGCAGAGAAAGCUGCCAACCUCUCAGUAGUGUUGGCUGAGAAUGCAAUUGUCCUUCUGAUGCUUGUCGAAGAUCAUCUGAGGUCACGCAGUCAACAAUUUUUCAUGUCCUGUUUGGUUGAUAGUGCUGCCUCACCUGCCUCAAUGGCUUCAUCAGCUGUCAGUAGGUCAAAUUCGUUGAGUAGAACUGGAAGUGAGCAUUUGGAAGCUGGGGGCUCAAGGCAGUCUUUGUCCAGUGAUGCUGGUGGUCUUCCUGUUGAUGUUCUUGCUUCUACGGCAGAUACAAAUGGGCAACUUUCUGCUGAGGUGAUGGAACGCGUAACUGCAGCAGCAGCAGCUGAGCCUUAUGGAUCGGUCAGGCAUGCAUUUGUAUCUUAUGGGAGCUGUAUUUCAGAUCUUUCAGAAGGGUGGAAGUACAGAACCCGAUUGUGGUAUGGAGUAUGCAUUCCUCCCAAAUCUACUGUGUUUGGUGGUGGGGGAAGUGGUUGGGUAUCAUGGAAAUCUGUUCUUGAGAAGGACUCCAAUGGAAACUGGAUUGAACUUCCCUUAGUAAAGAAAUCAGUUUCAAUGCUGCAGGCACUUCUAUUAGAUUCUGGACUUGGGGGUUGCCUUGCUACUGGAGUUGGAUCUGGACCUGGCGUAGGUGUUAUAGGUGCCCUUAAUCAGUUGUUAGAUAGUGAUCAGCCAUUUUUUUGCAUGCUCCGGUUGAUCCUUGUUUCAAUGAGGGAGGAUGACAGUGGGGAAGAUGACAUUUUCACGCGGAACAUUGGCAUGAAGGAUGUGAUUUCAGAAGGAUUGGGCUGUCAAACUGGAAGCAUGCUGGCGCUUGAUGAACACUCCAGUGCAUCUAUCAAAAAACGUCCGGCUGCACUUCUGUGGAGAGUGCUUGGGCCUAUUCUAAAUAUGCCAGUUUUAGAAUCUAAGAGACAGCGAGUUUUAGUUGCUUCUUCUAUUAUUUAUUCAGAGUUAUGGCAUGCUGUAAGCAGUGACAGAAAACCAUUGAGGAAAAAGUAUGUUGGGUUGAUCAUGCCACCAUUUGCAGCUGUCCUGAAAAGAUAUCGCUCUGUUUUGGCUGGUAUACACGAGCUUACAUCUCCAGAUGGGGAGAAUCCAUUAGUCGUUGAUGAUUGGUCUUCAGCAGCAGACACCUCACCUGUCGAGGUUGGAGUUUCAAUGAUAUCACCUGGCUGGGCAGCUGCUUUUGCCUCGCCACCUGUUGCAAUGGCAUUGGCCAUGAUUGCUGCUGGUGCCUCUGGGACAGAAACAAUAUCACCACCAACUAAUAAGUUGCGCAGGCGUGACACCUCAUUGCUUGAGCGUAGAUCAGCUAAAUUGCACACAUUCUCAAGUUUUCAGAAGCCUACAGAUACUACACCAAGUUUGCCAACAUCAGCGCCAAAGGACAAAGCAGCUGCGAAAGCUGCAGCCUUGGCUGCUGCUCGUGACCUUGAGCGUAGUGCAAAGAUUGGUUCAAGAAGGGGCCUGAGUGCUGUAGCAAUGGCAACUUCAGGACAAAGGAGAUCUGCCAGUGAUAUUGAGAGAGCCCAAAGGUGGAAUACAUCUGAUGCUAUGUGUGCUGCGUGGAUGGAGUGUCUGCAGUCUGCUGAUUCAAAAUCUGUUUCAGGAAGAGAUUUUUCUGCCCUUUCAUACAAAUAUGUUGCACUUCUUGUUUCCAGUUUCGCCUUAGCACGGAAUUUGCAGCGAGUUGAGAUGGAGAGGCGAACGCAGGUUGAAAUACUGAACCGCAGUUGCAUGUCGAUUGGACUUCGGGCAUGGCGGCAUCUUCUUCAUUGCUUGAUAGAGACAAGUAGACUUUACGGCCCUUUCGGAGAACUCCUGUGCACCCCUGAUAGUAUUUUUUGGAAGCUAGAUUUAACUGAAAGUUCAUUAAGAAUGAGAAGAUUUAUGAAAAGGAACUACAAUUGGUUGAAUCACUUGGGUGCUUUUGCUAAUUAUGGGGAGCAGAACUUUCUUUGUGACGACUCCAAUGCAUGCCACUCAGAAGAUGGAGACUCUUUACCUAAAAAUGUUCUCUCUACAAGUUCUUUGAUUACAGUGGAUGGAGGGCAUGAACACAUUGUGCGGGGAGAAACUGAAAAUAUUUGCAGCAGCGUAGAUGAUCAGCUGACAAGUUCAUCGCAACCUGAUCAGUCUUUAACAGGAUCAGUAGAUUCAAGAAGUUCUGAUGUUUCUGGUGUUCGUAACUUGGUCCGAUCCACUGUUGUUGCUCCUGGUUACAGGCCCAGUAAUGAACGAAUUAUUAUUGAACUUCCUUCAACGAUGAUUCGGCCGUUGAAGGUUGUACGAGGAACCUUCCAAGUCACAUCAAAGAGGAUUAACUUUAUAGUUGAUGAGCCUAUGAGUGACAGUUACAUGGAUGAUACUGCAUCAACUAGUGGCCAAUAUGAUCAGCAAGAUAGAGAUCGGAGCUGGCUCAUAUCAUCACUUCAUCAGAUUUAUAGUAGAAGAUAUUUGCUUCGUCAAAGCGCUUUGGAAUUAUUCAUGGUAGACAGGUCAAACUUCUUAUUUGAUUUUGAGGAUGUAGGAGCACGUACACAUGCUUAUCGGGCCAUUGUUCACACCAAACCUCCUUAUUUGAAUGACAUUUUCCUUGCUACCCAAAGGCCUGAGCAAAUCCUCAAACAUACACAGUUGAUGGAGCGCUGGGCUAAAUGGGAGAUUAGCAAUUUCGAGUAUUUAAUGGAACUGAACACUCUUGCUGGUCGCAGUUACAACGAUGUUACUCAGUAUCCUGUUUUUCCAUGGGUGAUAGCAGAUUACAAGUCCAAAACCUUGGAUUUGGAAAGUCCAUCCUCAUACCGAGAUCUUUCGAAGCCAAUUGGUGCACUAAAUCCUGCACGGUUGAAUAAAUUUCAAGAUCAUUACUCCAGUUUCAAGGAUCCAAUCAUCCCAAAAUUUCAGUACAGUUCACAUUACUCUAGUCCGAGCACGGUAUUGUAUUAUCUUGCCAGGAUAGAGCCUUUUAGUACCCUCUCUGCUCAACUGCACAGUGCCAAGUUUGAUCAGAAUGAUUGCAUGUUCACUGAUGUCGCCAAAACAUGGAACGGCAUUCUUGAGGGCAUGAAUGAUGUAAAAGAGCUAGUUCCAGAAUUGUUUUACCUUCCUGAGGUAUUUACUAAUGCGAACCCAAGCGGAAGGCUAGGCUCUGUAGCAUUGCCUCCCUGGGCUGAAAAUGCUGUUGAUUUUAUUCAUAUACAACGUAAAGCUCUCGAGAGUGAUCAUGUCUCCACUCGUAUGCAUGAAUGGAUUGAUCUAAUAUUCGGGUAUAAACAAAGAGGUAAAGAAGCAGUGCUAGCCAACAAUGUCUUCCCUCAUGUUACAUAUGAGGGGAUGGUGGAUAUUGAUAAAAUCCCUGAUCCAGUGAGUACUUUGCAUUCCUUCUCAGAUUUUUUUUUUGGUGCCUAUACAAAUGAUCUUGUUUUACUAAAAAUGCUGAAGGUGCAACGGCGAGCUACACAAAAUCAAAUAUGUUAUUUUGGUCAGACGCCAUCUCAACUGCUGACAGUUCCACACAUAAGAAGAAGGCCGUUGACAGAUAUCUUACAGUUGCAGACAAUAUUCCGGAACCCAAAUGAAGUUAGACCUUAUGCACUGCCUAGUCCAGAUCACUGCAAUGUUCCUGCCAGUGCAAUGCUUAUAUCUGAAGAUUGUAUCGUAGUCAUAGAUUCUAAUGUUCCCACAGUACAUGUCGCUUUGCACCACUGGCAGCCAAAUACUCCAGAUGGGGUAGGGGCACCUUUCCUCUUCCAUCAUGGAAAAAAUGCCAUAAAUUCAAGUGGUGGUGCUAUAUUUCGCAUCUUUAAAGGAUCUUCAGGUUCUACAGAAGAUUAUCAAUUUCCAAGAGCUGUAGCAUUUGCUGCGUCUGCAGUCCAAAAUUCAUCGGCUGUUGUUGUUACAUGUGAUAAAGAAGUUAUAACUGGCAAGCAUGCAGAUAACUCUGUAAAGAUGAUCUCCCCGGAUGGAGCAAGGACCGUCGAAACUGCAUUUGGGCAUCUUGCUCCUGUGAGCUGUCUCGCACUAUCUGCAGACAGCAAUUAUCUUGUUACAGGCUCUCGUGACACAACAGCUAUACUUUGGAGAAUACGUCAGGUGGGUUCUUCACAUGAGAAUAAUGCUCCAGAACCUCCACCAUCUACGCCAACAACACCUACAAGUCCUGGAGCCACCGGUAGUAGCAGUGACAGUAGUCCAAGCAAAAAUCUAGAAACCUACAGGAGGCGACGAAUCGAAGGUCCUAUGCAUAUACUGAGAGGCCAUCUUGGAGAAGUAACCUGCUGUUCUGUUAGUUCUGACCUUGGACUUGUUGCGUCGUCUUCAAGUGUGUCUGGUGUCCUGCUACAUUCCUUGAGGACAGGUCGGCUCAUAAAGAAGCUUGAUGUGCCAGAAGCCCAUUCCAUAUGCUUAUCUUCUCAAGGAAUCGUAUUGAUUUGGAAUGAAUCGAACAAAAGGCUAUCCACCUUCACUGUUAACGGAAUCCCUAUUGCUACGUCGGUUCUGUUACCUUUCUCUGGACGAGUCAGUUGCAUUGAGAUUUCUACAGAUGGUCAGUUUGCAGUAAUGGGAACUUGUUCGGCUAGCAAUUGCAAUCAUGACUGCAGUAAUACUACAGAGGAUGAUUAUGAGCUUGACAAGCCCGGUGACGAGGAUGUACAAGAAUCAAAAGAGACCAGGCUAUCUGUUGAUGCACCCUCUAUAUGCCUCCUUGAUCUAUACAAACUUGAGGUAAUUCAUGAGCUGAAGCUGGGAGAAGGGCAGGACGUCACGGCAAUCGCUCUAAACAAAGAGAACACCACCCUUCUGGUUUCAACAGCUGAUAAGCAGCUAAUAGUCUUCACGGGUCCUGCUACAAAUAACCCAAGUGCACUUUAGAUAAUCACUAGCUCUUCAGGACCUGACUGGCAAAUGUACCAGAGAUCAGCGCUAAUCUACCUUGAAGGCAAGAUUGACAGUGAGCUUGAAGAUAGCAGAUAAAUCAGUGUUGCACAAAAGCGAUGGGCUUCUGGAGCCGUGAGCGAUAGGGGCCAACUUGCAUAGGCUCCAGAGGACUCUGCUGUAAGAUGUACAGGUUGGGGAACCUGAAUGGACGAUGUGUGUACAUAAAGGAGAAGAGCUGCAGCAUGACCCUGUUUCGCGUUGUGGUGCUGCUGGUACAGAAAAAAAAUUACUUCGGAUCAUGGACCUUGCCAUCCUCGGAUGCCAUGAAACCUUCCACGCCGCGAGAAGGAACCUACGCGUCUGUGUUGCGGCCUAGAGAUUUGUUAGGAGCUAACGUCCAAAUGUAAUUAUUGUAGUUGUGUCUCUGCUAAAUAUCAUAGUUGUGUUGGGUGCAACAGCGAGCUGGCAUGCCUUGUUGUCAACUGCAUCCGUGUACAGAAUGUCAUCCAGGAAAAUUGACCGUGCCUCUUCCGACUUGCACACGCAAUCCUCCGUUCACAUGCACAUAGCCACGUGGCCAUUGUCGAGAAAGGGGCGUUGAUAUCAGAAGCAUGAUCGCCCCUCUCGUGGCAUGUAUCAGCGAUCGUAAAGAUCCCGACAGAAAACGCUGCGUUCAUUUGUAAACUGUAACUUGUAAGUGACACCUUGCGAGGAACAAUUCUCCCCAAAAAAAAAACUGGAA